AUAAAUCGCAUUUCAAUGACAUUUGCACUACACGGCUUCCGUACACGUUUCCAUGUGACAACAGAAGGUCAGACAUGGCUGUCUGUGGGAUAAAACUAAACAAAGUGAUGUUUUCAUUGAGCUUAUUACGAAACCUUCGGCUCCGAAAUGAACGAUUCGUAUCCACGUCCCUGUGUCGUCUUUCUCCCGAAGAGGAGCCACCGAAGUUCACCCCUCCAUCUAAACCUGUCAUUGUAGAUAAAACACAGACUGUGGCCUCUCUGAGAAAGUUCCUGAGCCCAGAGUUCAUCCCACCUAGACAGAGAACAGAUCCUAUCAAGUUUUCCAUGGAGAGGAAAGACAUGAUCCGCAGGAGGAAAGUGGUCAACCUCCCUGAAUUCUACGCAGGGAGCAUCCUGGCAGUGACCAUGGCCGACCCCAAUGCAACUGGGAAAGUCAACCGCUUUGUUGGCAUCUGUAUCAAGCGGGGGGGAACGGGGCUGGGAGCUACAUUUAUCCUGAGGAACAUCAUUGAUAACCAAGGUGUGGAGAUCUGCUACGACCUGUACAGCCCUCGCAUCCAGAACAUCGAAGUGCUGAAGUUGGAGAAGAGGCUAGAUGAUAGCCUGUUGUAUCUGAGAGACGCUCUGCCUGAUUACAGCACCGUGGACCCCAACAUUAAGCCCGUGCCCAUCUCCCCCACUGGAGAGGUGCCUGUCAACGAAAUCAAGGUAAGGAUGCGGCCAAAGCCAUGGUCCAAACGCUGGGAACGACCCAAUUUCGACAUCAAGGGCAUCCGCUUUGACCUGUCCCUGAGCGAGGAGCAGAUGGAGCACGCGCAGAAGUGGGCGCAGCCGUGGAGGGAGUACGACAUGCUGAAGGAGUACGACACGUCCAAACUGGAGGAGCAGAUCCUCAGUGAGGUCCAGCUGAAGAUGAGCAAGUGAAAGAGACUUUUUCAGGAAUGGGAAAAGCCUGGAAUGUGAGGUUUUCAUGGAUGAGGAACACUCUGCUGGAAUAAGUCAAUCCAGAUGGUUCAGCACAGGCACACCAGUGUAUAAAUGUGGAGAAGCCAAUAUGAAAGCUGGUGUUGUGGUCUGAGGAGUGAUGUCUUCUUCUUUUUGUAUGGCCAGUCUACUGUACUGGCCUUAGUUAUCACAUCAAAUAAGUGUUUUCUGUAAUAAAAAAAUACUAAAUAUUC